AUGACCAAGCUGAGAGGUGCAGUUAGCAUCCCUGAGGGAUGGGAUGCCCUUCAGAGGGACCUGGGCAAGCUUGACAAGUGGGCCAGUGUGAACCUCAUGAGGUUCAACAACAUGCCAGGUCCUGCAGGUGCAAGCAGAGGAGGAGGAGGAGGAUGGAGUACCACUAACCAGAGAUACACUAACGUUAUCCAGCCGUCUACCUUUAAGUCUAAUACAUGGGGUGGCAGCAGAGAUCAGGGAAGAGGAUUUUUUGGCUCCUCUGACUUUGGAUCAUCAGGUGGCAGCAGCAGAAAUGCAGACUUUUCACAGAACAGAUUCUCUGCAUUAACGAGCAGUCAAAAUAUCGCUGAUGGCAAUAAAGAUGAAGAGGAGAGACUUCUUGAAUCUGUAAUGAAAGACAUGGAAAUUUGGGAAUCUUCGGGGCAGUGGCCAUUUUCAUCUUAUUCGCCUAUGAAGGAAAAGCCAAAUGUCUCAGGUUUUGCAGAUUUCUCUCCAGAAGAGUUGCAUCUAGAGUAUUAUAAUUGCCGAGCAAACAAUGACAUUCAAACCUAUGUAAAUUCUGUCCAGGAGUUAGCAAAACAGUGGAAAAAAAGACUGUUUCAGCUGAAAACUUCAAAUGCAUCAAAAGCAGCUUUGCUGUCUGAGUUGAAGAACACAGUCACUCAACCGUUGCCUGCCUUCGGAUUUGGAGAACAGCAAACAUCAAGCUUUGGGGUGCCAACCUCUCCUGUGAACAGCAGCAGCAGUGCUAGCAGUUUCUCCUUUAAACCAAGCUCCAGCCUUGUCAAUGCAUCAUCUGGAAACACCCCUGCUUUUGGGAGCUCUUCUGCAGGUUGUAAUCCUCCUGCAUUUGGUAUGACGUCCUCUCCUACCCUCUCCCAUUCUGUUGGUUUUGGCAGCCCCGUGGCUCCGUCUGCAUCCUCCUUCUCAUUUAAGACUUCUGGAACAACUAGUGGUUUUGGAGCUUCUGGCUUUUCGGGGUUUGGCAGUUCUGCUGUGAACUCUUCAAGCACCGCUUCAUUUACAGGCUUUGGAGCUUUUAAUGCUGCAGCUUCUCCCUCACAUUCGAGCAGUGGACAGACUGCCAGUGCCUUUGGACUUAAUAUCACAUCAGCAUCUUCUGCAGUCACAAACAAUACUGUAUCAGAAAAAUUAUUUACACUAAAGAGUGAAUUAUCAGCUGAAGAGUUGAAACAAUUUGAAGCAAAAAAGUUUACAUUGGGAAAGAUUCCUCUUAAGCCACCACCAUUAGAACUUUUAAAUGUUUUGGACUUUUGA